UUCUUCCUUGCCUUCCCGCUGCGAGAGCUAAGGGGGGCGGGAGCGAUGGCGGUGGCUAGGGUUUUGAACUCCGCUUUCCUAGGGUUUACGAGGAGCCCCUCCUCCGUGUCAUCGUACACGUCUUGCUCCUCUCCUCUUCUCCUACAAUGGCAAUGGCGGCGGCUCUACUCCUCGGGCUCGAGGCUCAGCAUGACCCUCAAGGCCGGCAUCGUCGGCCUCCCCAACGUCGGCAAGUCCACCCUCUUUAAUGCCGUCGUUGAGAAUGGAAAAGCUCAGGCCGCGAAUUUUCCUUUCUGUACGAUAGAGCCGAAUGUUGGCAUUGUUGCUGUCCCAGAUCCACGACUGAAUGUGCUUGCUGAGCUCAGCAAAUCUCAAAGAGUCGUCCCAGCAUCUAUAGAGUUUGUUGAUAUUGCCGGUCUUGUCAAAGGAGCCAGUCAAGGAGAGGGAUUGGGGAAUAAAUUUCUUUCACACAUCCGUGAAGUGGAUUCCAUCCUUCAGGUUGUACGCUGCUUUGAGGAUAACGAUGUCAUCCAUGUGAAUGGGAAAGUUGAUCCAAAAUCAGAUAUUGAUGUCAUCAACUUAGAACUAGUUUUUGCAGAUCUUGACCAGAUAGACAAACGACUUGAGAAGCUUAGAAAAGGCAAAGCAAAAGACUCACAGUCGAAACUGAAGGAGGAAGCAGAGAAGUCAGCUUUGGAGAAAAUUCAGAAGACACUGAUGGAUGGAAGACCUGCUCGAUCUGUUCCACUAACAGACUUCGAAAAUGAUUCCAUACGUCAUCUCUGCUUACUGACCAUGAAACCUGUUAUAUAUGUAGCUAAUGUGGCUGAGUCUGAUCUUGCGGAACCCAAUAGCAAUCAUCAUGUCAGGGAAGUGAUAAAUCUUGCAUCAGACUUGCAAUCUGGUCUGGUAACAGUAUCAGCACAGGUUGAAUCUGAGCUUAUUGAACUUCCAAUGGAAGAGAGAACCGAGUAUUUAAAAUCUCUUGGAGUAAAUGAAAGUGGACUGGGAAAUUUGAUAAGGGCAACAUAUGAACUUUUGGGUUUGCGAACUUACUUUACAUCUGGAGAGAAGGAAACAAAAGCAUGGACAAUACUUGCCGGCAUGACAGCACCUCAAGCUGCUGGAGUUAUCCAUUCAGACUUUGAGAAAGGCUUCAUUCGAGCAGAGACUGUUGCUUAUGAUGAUUUUGUUGCAGCUGGUUCUCUGGCAGCAGCAAGGGAGAAAGGACUUUUGAGGUCCGAGGGAAAAGAUUAUGCCGUGCAGGAAGGAGACGUGAUGCUUUUCCGGUUCAACGUAUAAUGAUACCGAUGUAACUCGAGCGAGCUUUAUUUGGUCAUUAUAUCUUUUUGCAGCUUCUAUGGAUUUUGCAUGAGCUGCUAUUGAUAUGCAUCGACUGCAAAGCAGUGUUCAUUGUAGGAAUUUGUUUAUUGGAGGCCCAUCAUAUUCUUCGACAUAUCAGAGACACAUCAUGAAUGUUUGAGGAAAUGCAGGAUUAGUUACUAUACACAUUUCAUUGGGAAAAUUCUUGUAAUAACAAUUCACCCUUGAUGUUUUUGUAAAUUUAGUCAAUGUUUUGUUUUUGUGGACCAUAGAAUUCACUCACCAAGACCUGUCAUGUUCUGAGGA